GGACGGCUGUCAGACAGGCGAGACAUAGGCGGAGUAAACAACACAGAAAACCGAAAAAGCACCUCGGACAGAGGAGCCUGAAGAAGAGCGGAUCGGUUCAACGCCUCCUCUGUUCCCCUCAAACAAAUCGGCCUCGUCCGCUCUUAGUGUCGGUGACGGGCAGCGUCCAGAAGACCCGCCGUUCAUUAGCCGCCUAGCCUGCUAGCAAAGCCUCCUAGCGUCUGCCGCAGCUAGCCUUAGCAUCAUGAUAGCGCUGAUCAACAAACUCCUGGACUGGUUCAAGGCGCUCUUCUGGAAGGAGGAGAUGGAGCUGACCCUAGUGGGGCUGCAAUACUCCGGGAAGACCACUUUCGUCAACGUGAUCGCGUCUGGCCAGUUCAGUGAAGACAUGAUUCCUACAGUGGGGUUUAACAUGAGGAAAAUCACCAAGGGCAACGUCACUAUAAAGUUAUGGGAUAUUGGUGGUCAACCUAGGUUCAGGAGCAUGUGGGAGCGGUACUGUCGAGGUGUCAGUGCUAUCGUCUACAUGGUAGAUGCUGCAGAUCCAGAGAAGAUCGAAGCUUCUAAGAAUGAACUUCAUAACCUACUGGACAAACCUCAACUUCAGGGCAUCCCUGUCUUGGUGUUGGGGAACAAGAGGGAUCUACCAGGAGCUCUGGAUGAGAAGGAGCUCAUUGAGAAAAUGAACCUGUCGGCCAUCCAGGACAGAGAGAUCUGCUGCUACUCCAUCUCUUGCAAGGAGAAAGACAACAUUGACAUUACGCUGCAGUGGUUGAUCCAGCACUCCAGGACCAAGAGGAGUUCUUGAGAAGUCACACCCUCCUGAGAAGACAGAGCACGCCCCCCCCCCCCACACACACACACACAUGCAAACCUACCCAAACACCUUGCUGCUCUACCAUUACCCACAAUUCCCCAGACCAAUGGGUAAAACUUUACCCCAGUUAAACAGAUACCAACCCUGCUGAGGGAGAGAAGGCUAAACUUAAUUAUCUUAUAUUAUCUUAUAUUAUCAUAUUAUAUUAUAUUAUAUUAUCCUGUCACAUGCAGAAGGAUGUCACGUCCCUUACUGGGCAGCAACACUCAUACUGGUGAGUAACAGCACUGUCUCACUCAGUAGAGCUGGUAUCUGUAUCUCUCAGCCUGAAGCCCUCUCUCUUCCUCUUCAUUCAUGUCCAUCAAAACUAUCCCUUCAUCACAUCUACACUUUUUAAUUUUCGGUCAUAUUUGUUGGAAAUAUGGAAUAGUGUCUCUAAUGUGUUGUCAGCCCAGUUGGCUUUGACAUGUUUGUUGUGAUCAGGCUUUAAAAUGAUAAGACAUUGUCCGCGGUGGUGUAGCGGUCUAAGCAUCGGCUUUGUGUCGAUGCAGUUGCC